AUGUCCGGCGGAAAGAACCCAAUGGAGGAGGCCUACCAGCGUCUCCGCGCCGUAGCGCAGCAGACUCAGCGACGAGGCGGAGGUGGUAUGCCUGGAGGACCUCGAGGUGUUGGUAUGGGCGUCGGGGCUAUGAUUGCCCUAGCAGGCACUGCCUUUUUUGCUCAGAACGCGAUCUUCAACGUCGAUGGUGGCCAGAGAGCCAUCAAAUACCGGAGAAUUAGCGGCGUCGGCAAGGAUAUCUACAACGAAGGCACACAUUUGAUGCUUCCCUGGCUCGAAACGCCGGUUGUAUAUGAUGUCCGCGCGAAGCCGAGGAGCGUCGCUUCCUUGACCGGUACCAAGGAUCUGCAGAUGGUCAACAUUACAUGCCGAGUGCUGUCCCGACCGGAAAUCAACGCUCUGCCGCAGAUUUAUCGCACUCUUGGCACGGAUUAUGACGAAAGGGUGCUUCCUUCAAUCGUGAAUGAGGUCUUGAAGAGUGUCGUCGCGCAGUUCAACGCGAGCCAGCUGAUCACUCAGCGAGAGAUGGUCGCCAAGCUUGUUCGCGAGAACCUGUCGAGGAGGGCAGCUCGAUUCAAUAUCCUUCUUGACGAUGUGUCCCUUACGCAUCUCGCCUUCUCGCCAGAGUUCACUGCGGCUGUAGAGGCCAAGCAGGUUGCACAGCAAGAAGCCCAAAGGGCUGCUUUCAUCGUCGACAAGGCUCGCCAGGAAAAGCAGGCUAUGGUCGUCAAGGCACAGGGUGAGGCGCGGUCAGCUGAGCUGAUUGGUGACGCCAUCAGAAAGAACAAGGCCUACGUCGAGCUGAAGAAGAUCGAGAACGCUCGUUUCAUCGCCCAGCAGAUGCAGGAAUCUGGCGGAAAGAACAGGCUUCUGCUAGACUCUGAGGGUCUAGGUCUCAAUGUCUUUGAGAAUGUGGAAAAGAAGUAG